AUUUGUUUAGAGAUGGCCAUUCUCUGGUCUAGUAUAAGUUUGCCCCUAUGAACAAGGACUGCUUCCAGAGCUCUGUGGGGUUGGAGCUCACCACUGCCUAGGAUAAGCAGCGCCUGUACCACCUCCACCGAAUCACCCCAUUCCUUCAUCUUAUAACCUUACCCAGCAGACAUGGCUCCUUUUGAGAAAUCUAUGGAAUUGAUGCCAUUUAAGCAAAGAAAGUGCUUAGCAACAAGAAAAGAUGAAGUCUGCACAAUUCGAAGCAAGUUCCCCAACAAACUACCGGUUAUUGUCGAACGAUAUAUCCGGGAGAAGCAACUUCCACUGUUGGACAAAACGAAAUUCCUGGUCCCUCAUGAGCUCAUGAUUGGUCAGUUUCUGUGUCUGCUUAGGAGUAAGAUUGCACUGGAGGCAUCACAGACUCUGUACCUGCUAAUUUCGGGAAAAAACAUGUGCUCCAUGACAGCAAGCAUGUCGGAGGUAUACUCUCAACACAGGGACCAAGACGGCUUUCUUUACAUGACCUACGCCUCGCAGGAUAUGUUUGGCUAAGAAAAGUCCUUUUUACCUCAUUAUUAACUAGUGAUAUCUGCACAAACGUCAUCAUUAUGGAUGGACUAACUAAACUCACCGAUGUUCAGUUUUUACAACUGCAUAUGGAGAUCAUCACCAUACCUAAGACUUUUGCCCACCUGCACGAUGCACAUUUGGCCUAGAAAACUCUUCUAACCUCAACUUUUAUUUUAUUAUUAUUUUUUAUUAUUAUGUGAGGAUAUGGAGAGAUAAAGAAAACAUAUGAUAUGUCCCUCAUCAGAAGUUUAGUUGAAGCUUAUCUCGGAGACACAGACAUGCAUUCCUGAUGUUUUUGAGUCAGGAACACAAUGUGCUGAGAUUCUGCAUGCUUUAGAUAGCAAAGACACAGGAAAAAGGAUGAAGUCUCCUUUGUUUUGUUAUCUGUAUUCAUUUGACUCCUGGAAGUCCAGCCCUGAUGGAACUGAAGCAUCCUGAGCCAUUUUAAGUACAAAUACUAAGUCAAGAAUGUCGACAGGGAACACCAGAGUUUUGUACGUUAUCAGUUAUUGUGAAUGCUAAAAAUAAAUCAGUUUUCCUCUCUUAAACAAACGUUUUAUCUUUUAAAAGUUAUUUUUAAUGUAAAGCCUUUCAAAAGAAUACACAUACACUGUCGUUGAUGUGAAAGAUGCAAAAAGUACAAACCCAAAUCAGAAAAAGUUGAGACAGUAUGGGAAAAA